AUGUUGUUGAGUGUUGAGUCGGCUGUGGAGAGCGCGGACGGCCCGCGCGACCACCUCGACGGCCUGCCAGAUGAGCUGCUGCUCCAGAUCUUCGAGAUGCUGGGCCGCAUGUCGAAGCGCGACCUGUGUAACGUGUCGCGGCUGAACAUGCGCUACCACCGCCUGAGUGACGCCGUGCUGUACAAGAGCAUCCUCUUCGAGACCCCAGAUCUGCAUCUCACGUUCAGCGAGUCGCUUGGGCGGCGGCCUCGCCGUGGCUCGGCGAUCUUUGAAGUGAAAUUAGCGUAUCCUUCAGCUGCGCUGGAGCAGCUGGCGCUGGAUGCCCCGUUGCGCCAUCACUAUGAUCCCUCGCAUUCGCUGUCGCGCAUGUCGAAUCUUGAGAAGCUAGACAUAUCGCUGCCAGAUAAGCUGUUGCAUGGGAUUGGGUGUUUGUUCAACGGGCCGUUCGACCUCGCCUGUCUCAAGACGUGCAGUUUGUUUUAUCAGUGUGCAGAUGACGGGUAUUGGGACCUCCGCGAGAACAUUCACAUCUUCGCACAUCCGGAGUUGGAGAGUCUGACUAUCCGGAGAGCGAAAUUGGACGACAGAGGCUUCGACUCUCUCGAGCGCCCGCAUGAGACUGCCCUGAAGAAGCUGCACUUGAUCGAAUGCGACAUCAACGACGACACGCUAUCAGAUGUGCUUGAGUUUCCCAUAGGCCUGGAGGAGUUCGUCAUGACACAGCUGGAGGACCCGGAGCCCGACUUAGAGGAGAGCUCCGACAGUUUCAGCGACUACAUUAUUGCGCUCGGCUCACAGACCCAUUCACUCAAAAGCAUCACAAUCGACUUCCCGACGCUAGGCUGCCGCAAAACGCUACGAAUGAGGGAGUUUGAAGCGCUGAAAGAGCUGCGCAUGAACUGGGACUACCAGCUCUUCGGCAAGUCGUCGAAGAAGCCGCGGCUGCACUCCGUUGGUUUGCCACCCGCGCUGGAAGUGUUGGAGUUCUUCAACGAGCUGGGCAAGGAUGAAGAGGUCACGGAUUUACUACUGGCGAUGCUGCAGAACAAAAGCGUUGUCGCACGGACGCUAAAGAGAAUGAUUGUCGUUGAGGGAAACGACAAGGUGCUGCGGGAAGUGAAGAGCAUUUGCAAGGAACAGGGGCUGCCAUUAGACAUCAUCGGGGAACUAGACGAUAGCGGAGAUGAAAUGCCAUCCCCUGUAAUCACAAGCCCGCCUCCCUGGCGCGUGACCAUCAUUGCAGAGUGCCUCCUAGCGGCACACACGCAUGCCAAACAAGCUCACACAAGCACCCUUGGCUCCCGAACCUUUAAUCAACGUCUCCGCAAUACACGGCUAAGAAGACGUUAUCGCCCUCGUAACUGGCGCAAUACAUCGUGA